CUCCACAGCAGAGGAGGGAGGGUGAGGGCUGGACUCUCCUCAGAAGGUCCGUCUCGUCUCAGCUGCCAGAUCGUCCACCAGCUGAGUAGUCUGCCUGAACUGUAGAGCCUCACAGGUGCACAUUGACAACAUAAGCAACUAUUAUUGGAUCUAUGGAUUGACCACGGCUAUACUUUACCCAAGACCAGGACCUCAGACUGCAGAUCAGGAGAUGUGACAACCAGAAGUAAAAAUGGAACCAAUCAGGAAAGACAUGGAGCUCCUUAGCAACAGCAUGGCCACCUUUGCUCACAUCAAAGCCAACCCAGAAACCUUGGCCCUCUACUUCAUGAUGGGUGUGUGUUCUGGCCUGCUCCUGGCCCUCUGUCUCCUGGUGGUGAGCAUCGCCUGCAAGACCUGCCAGCGUGCUCGCACACUGCCCCCCGCCCACCGGAGUCAACUGAAGGAGAGAGGGGAGGACGAGAGCUUGGAGGGGGACAGCAGUGAGGAGGAAGACGUCUCCAGCGUCCUGGUCAGCCCUCUGACUGAGCACAGCCACAUAGGCACGGUGAGGAGCGUGAACGUGUUUGCGUCUGCGGAGGAGCUGGAGAAGGCUCGUCGUCUGGAGGAGAGGGAGCGCAUCAUCAGGGAUAUCUGGAGGAACGGACAGCCAGACAUCCUGGUCACAGGGACAGGGACCGUAGGACGGGUUCACUACCACUAGGACACUUCCCUGGUCCUGACCAAUCACGUGAGACUUUCCUGGUCCCGACCAGUCAUGUGAGACUUCCCUGGUCCUGACCAAUAGCAUCAGAGACUGCAGAAGACAAGCUUCAUGUGAUAAGCUCACUUCUCUGAGCCGUAAAGUGCAGUCAGAGAUAAUAUUAUGUAUGGCUGUCCUGUUUCUUCAUAUACCACAAAAUUAUGCAUUUUGUAAUUCUGCAUAAUCAUCCAUAUUUCUAUUUAAACAUGAUGUAAAAGAAUGCUGUGUCCUUGUAUAUGAAGUAUUUGAAUCCUGAAUACUUUACUUGUCAUCCUUCUCCCACAUUCCCAGCAUCAAUCUUCCAGACUAAUAUUAGCAAGUUUCCCACACAAACCCAACAUUCUUUGGCUCUUGUCAGCCGUCUUCUCUGACCCUGUCACUUCCUGUGUUCCCGUUCCACAGUCCCAUAAGCCCCUCUGUUCCAGCUCCAGCAAGGCUGGCCUCUGCUCAGGGCCCCAGUGAGGCUGGCCUCCUGGUCUCUGCUCAGGGCUCCAGUGAGGCUGGCCUCUGCUCAGGGCUCCAGUGAGGCUGGCCUCUGCUCAGG